CGUUUUCUACGGAUGUCUGAUCCGAUCAAGAGGAGUCCCUACAGAAAAAAAUGGUCGACUUCGUUGUUGUGGCAACUGCCUUUGUCGUCAUCGCUAUUGCCGUGUAUUUCUGGCAGCAGAAAUCCACUGCGAAACUCCCUAAUGGACCAACGGGAUGGCCCAUUGUGGGCAAUCUGGAUUUUUUUCUCUCACCUGGUCCGCAACGACAUUUCAAAUUCCUGGAGACGGGACGAAAAUACGGCGGAAUAUUUCGCUUCAGAAUCGGCAUACUGAACAGCGCUUGUGUUACUUCCUAUCGUCUGUUCCGGGAAGCCACAGUUGAAAAAGGUUGGUCAUUCGCGGAUCGUCCACACGAUAUACGGUUUCCAGAACUGGAUACAGGAAUCUUAACAAGCGGUGUGGACGAUGUUUCCAAAGCAAUCCGCCGUUUCACCGUUGUCAGUCUGCGCAGUUUCGGAUUUGGUAAAACUGACAUGCAGAACAUCAUCCUCAAUGAAGCGGAUCUGCUGGUUGAAGAAUUCCAGCGUACCAACGGAUCACCCUUCAACCCGCGCAACGCUCUGACGACAGCAACGGCCAAUAUCAUGUCCGCGCUGCUGAUUGGUAAACGCUUCGACCAUGAGGAGGCGGGGUUUAGCUUUAUUAGUGAGAAGAUGAGUCAGGCGUUGAAGCUGGUCAACACGACUAUGCUGGUCAGCGCAUUUCCUUGGCUGCGCUUGUGGCCGCACAAAGACUACCGAGUGUGUCUUGGGAAUUUUCGCGAUACCAAGACGUUUAUUCGCGGACUGAUCAAGUAGCACGAUACGACACGGGUGCCGGGGAAUCCGCGGGAUUUCGUGGACGCUUGGUUGGAUCAUGGCGAAUCGGAUAAAAGUACCAAGAAUAUGUUCUCGCGCGGUCGGCUGCUAGCGGUGUUGAUUGACCUAUUUGGUGGAGGGUUCGAUACGAGCGCAACCACCUUGCAAUGGGCUCUUUUGCUACUGCUCCACCAUCCCGAUGCCCAGGACCGUAUUCACCGGGAAAUAGACGAAGCCGUGGAGAAAUCCCAGCACAUCACUUGGGAGGACCGCGACAAACUGCCCUACACGGAGGCCGUCAUGUGGGAGACGCUGCGGCUGUAUCCGGUGUUCCUCUUCACCGCACCGCAUCGGUCCACGGAAACAGCGACAAUCGGCAACUAUGAAUUCCCGCCCGGCUCUCGCAUCAUGUUCCACCUGUUCUCCAUACAUCGGGAUCCGGAGUUGUGGGAGGCACCGGAUGAUUUCCGACCCGAACGCUUCUUGGAGAACGGUAAACUGAAAUUACCCGAUUUCCAUGUGGCGUUUUCGGCCGGACGGCGCUCGUGUAUCGGGGAGCAGUUGGCGCGGAAGGAAGUGUUUCUGCUCUUUGCCAAUUUAUUGCACAACUUUAAAGUAAUACUGCCGGCAGGGAGUAAACAACCCGGUCCGCUCACCAUGAACCGGGGGUCACGCUACAACCGUCACCAUACGACAUGGCGGUUCUCUCUCGGUGAUAAUUUAUUCAACUGA